UAUGUCGAUCGGGGAUGAGCUUUAAACAUGAGAACGUAACGCAAAGGUUGUGUUCUCCUUUAUAACAAUCCGUUUCGACCUCGAAAAGCACUUCCAACUGCAGGGGUGCAUGAAGAGCGACAGAAUAAAAAGUUUUACCUCGAUCAGGUAGCGAAGGAGGUGAAAGUAGGAGAGGAAGCGGGGGGGCUGUGGUUGGAUUUACAGAAAGAAAACAAUAUGGCCGCGGUGGAGCUGGAAUGGAUCCCUGAGACCCUGUACAACACCGCUAUCUCGGCCGUUGUCGAUAACUACGGCCGAUCGCGACGGGACAUUCGCUCUCUGCCUGAAAAUAUACAGUUUGAUGUGUACUACAAGCUUUACCAGCAAGGCCGGCUCUGCCAGCUAGGAGGGGAGUUCUGUGAGCUGGAGGUCUUCGCAAAAGUCCUCAGGGCUUCCGACAAAAGGCACCUCCUGCACCACUGCUUCCAGGCUCUGAUGGAUCACGGUGUGAAGGUCGCUUCAGUCCUGGCCAACUCCUUCAGUCGGCGAUGUUCAUACAUUGCAGAGUCAGAUACACAUGUUAAAGAAAAAGCUAUUCAAUUCGGAUUUGUUCUAGGUGCCUUCUUAUCGGAUGCCGGUUGGUAUGGAGACGCCGAGAAGGUCUUCCUGUCUUGUCUCCAGCUGUGCACGCUACAUGAUGAAGUUCUUCACUGUUAUCGUGCAGUGGAGUGUUGCGUAAGGUUACUUCACGUGCGUAAUGGCAAUUGCAAAUACCACCUGGGAGAAGAGACCUUUAAACAGGCCCAGUCUUACAUGGACAAACUAGCCAAAUACGGCCACCAGGCCAAUAAGGCUGCCCUGUAUGGAGAACUUUGUGCCCUGCUCUUUGCCAAAAGCCACUAUGAUGAAGCAUAUAGAUGGUGUAUAGAAGCUAUGAGGGAGAUCACAGUUGGUUUACCUGUGAAAGUAGUAGUUGAUGUUCUCAGGCAAGCCUCUAAGGCUUGCGUUGUUAAGCGGGAGUUCAGGAAAGCUGAACAACUGAUAAAACAUGCAGUGUUUUUGGCACGGGAACAUUUUGGACACAAACACCCAAAAUACUCAGAUACACUACUAGAUUAUGGAUUUUAUCUUUUAAAUGUGGAUAACAUCUGUCAGUCAGUGAUCAUUUACCAGACUGCACUGGAUAUACGGCAGUCAGUGUUUGGAGGAAAGAACAUCCAUGUUGCCACCGCACAUGAAGACCUUGCAUACUCAUCCUAUGUCCAUCAGUACAGCUCUGGUAAAUUUGACAACGCACUAUUUCACGCAGAACGUGCCAUAGACAUCAUAACUCAUAUUCUCCCUGAAGACCAUCUGCUGCUGGCCUCGUCCAAGAGGGUGAAAGCACUUAUUCUGGAGGAGAUUGCCAUUGAUUGCCAUAACAAGGAAACCGAGGAACGUCUCCUGCAGGAGGCCCAUGAUCUGCACCUUUCAUCACUCCAGCUGGCCAAAAAAGCCUUUGGGGAAUUCAACGUUCAGACAGCAAAACACUACGGCAACCUGGGCCGUCUCUACCAAUCUAUGCGCAAGUUCAAGGAGGCAGAGGAGAUGCACAUCAAGGCCAUUCAGAUCAAGGAGCAGCUGUUGGGACAGGAGGACUAUGAGGUGGCUCUGUCUGUGGGACACUUGGCCUCACUCUACAACUACGACAUGAAUCAGUACGAUGACGCCGAGCGCCUCUACUUGCGCUCCAUCGCCAUUGGCAAGAAGCUAUUCGGUGAGGGUUACAGUGGACUAGAGUAUGACUACAGAGGCCUCAUAAAACUGUACAACUCUGUUGGAAACUACGAGAAGGUCUUUGAAUACCACAAUAUUCUGUCCAACUGGAACCGUUUAAGGGACAGGCAGUUUGCAGUAGCGGACGCGCUGGAGGACGUCAACACGAGCCCCCAGGCCACAGAACAGGUGGUACAGUCUUUCCUCCUGUCCCAGAGCCAUGGAGCGGGACGCCCUUGCUUGGGCUAACGGCUGGGACGCCCAAUACUCUCAACCUGAGAAACACUGAAGUGCUCGCACGCCCCCAUUUUCACACACAUUCAUAGCGAUUUAUUCACGUUUAGUCAAGAAGGCCGGGGAGCGUGAUUAUGACCUUGAGCUUCUCAAGCUCUGAUACGAACAACUUUUUCAAGCAUCUCCCCUCGCCCUGGUCAUUUUCCUUUCCUUGGAACAAAAACAGCGUCAACCGUUCAACACUCGUAUGAUGAAUGGAUUUCCUUCAUACAAACCGUUUCGUUGACUUGAAUAAGAAGUUUUUUGGCGCUUUUUGUGUCGCCAUGAUUUAAGAUUUUUGGAAUUGUAUUUACAUUCGUUUUGUAUCUGAAGGAGAGACCACACUACAGGAAUAGUUUGUGUAUCACUGCAUUUUCUUUUGUGGAGGAAAUGCUUCGUGCAGCACUCACCGAAUGAGAUUUGAUUGGGAAAUAUCCCAUUGUUCCGAUAAAUGAGUGAAGAAACAGCUGUGCACAUGCUUUUCCCCAUUAACCUGAGGAUUAGAGCUUGACUUCAUGUAACGCAUAGCUUUGUAUUGAGGAUUACCUGUGUGCUCUCUUGAAAAUGAGAUCAGCCAUGUUACAUUAUGGACCAUUCUGUUUUUUAAACAAUUCAUGACACGUGUGGAAUCUAUGGACCAGUCGCUUUAGAUACCACGUUUUAAGUUCUGGUUUUGUAUUCCUUUAGUACUGACAUAGCUUAUUUUAAACUGCCAAUAAUUUAUAUGUACGGUAUGCUAUGACUUGUAGGUGUGUAACAUUGCAGAUGGAUGAGCCAAAAUAACUUCUCUUAAUAACAAGUUUGAAACCAUAGUCGACGUCUUUUGCCAUAACCAUUCGAUUCACCGAGGGGCAAGUAUGUUUAUCUGGCUUUCUAUCAGCCUUAUUACACAGCACGCUUUCACAUACACACAAAAUAAGCUGGAGUGGCGGGGACCAGGUUUUCUUUCAGAGCUCAGGCGAUGAUGAACAGCCCUGGCUUAAUGCCAGCUAACUGGACAAACGGAAGGGCUGAGCACAGCACCUGUCUUUGUGUAGAGCCCAGAGAAUUGUGGGUAUUGCUCGCAAGGGGUGUAAUUUAAAUUUGUCGCGUGGCAGGCGGCAAUUCUUAUCAUGCAAUAUUACAGUGAUGGGGAAUUUUUCUCCAUACCCGCUCUGUGUGGCACUGCCUUUUUGACCACUCCUGCUUUCACUAUUUUCAGAAUCUACACAGGGCCAUAACUGGGUUUGUGCUCAUUUAAAUCCUUUCAAGGAAUCUGGUUCACGUCUUAAAUUUCCAUGAAGUGUUGUCACACCAUAAGAAUAUUUUAUUUAAAAAAAUCAACACCACUGCUUAUUCAAUUGGCACACUACAAAACCGUUUUUGCAUCUGCAGGCUAAUUGCUGUUGUGGUCUAUCAUUUAGCAUGCGAUGCUAAUGUCUUGCGCUCAAACUGAAGUCCCAGCCUUAGUCUUAAAGGACUCUCAGUUGCUAGGCAUCUGCUUUGUCAGCCUUUUAACAUAACUAGACCUCCACCUGCCCAAUUUGUAAACUGAGCAACAGAUCACCUGUGACAUGUGAGGGACUUCAUAUUACAGUCUCUUUCACUCCUUAAAAAUCCCUUCAUUGUUGCGUGUAGAGGCUUGAUUUUGAUCAAUUCAAUUUCUGGUGUCUCUAUCAUACUAGAGAUCGCAGAACGGGGUUGCUGGAAGGAAUUCGCCUUGGUCCGAGGAUAUAGAUGGAAUAAUGGAAUAUUGAAACAAAUAAACUGUGAUCUUGAAAACUUUGUAAGUGCAUUUCCAUUGACAAUUUGCAGUAAAUGGACGUUUAGUGGAGUUCUCGUUUCAGAAGAUCUAGGGAAAAAAAAACGUUUAAGAGGUUGUAAGCUGUGAAACAAGCGAAUACUGAAUGAAUUUAUUACGUAGCUCUGAUUGCCUCUGAAUGUUGUUUAAGGGCUAAUUUGUCAACGUUAAGUGGCGAUUCACGAUUGGAAAUCCAGAGGAUUUCUCUGUCGGAAUGGGCCACAGUUUCCAAAAACAAAGGUGCUUCUAGGUGUUCUCGUUCUUUGCAUGUUUAACUAACUGUGUACAUAGAUGUAUAGCUACAAUUGGUAUUAUCCUAGUGAACUCCAUAAUAAAUAUAACUGGUUCUAAAGUGUUGAACUGAUCACAGAAAUGAACACCACCCCUUGACAAUAAAGGCAAUCCUGAUGGCAAGCAAAUUUCCUGUAUCACAAAGACGUGUUGACAUGGUUGUACACAGUAAAUAGCUUAACGCAAAAUCUGAUAAACUUGGGAUGUCAAAACAACCUUGAGUGUUUCUUUGAAAUGCACCCUUUGAGUUAAAGAGUGUUUAAAAAGGGACUGAAAACCAUGAGUAAGGCUCACUGCAUGAGACACGCUCAUCACAUUGAUUACUCGUACAGAUGGGCCUUUUAAACAAUGCAAACGUUUAUAGAAUCCUCUGAAAUUCAUUUCUGCAAUGUGUGUGAAUGCUGCCACGUAGAUUGUGAUUUAGCCAAAGUGCGGUUUCUGAUUUCUCUUGCAUCACGCUGGUACCCUGAGCAUCAGGUAGGGUACGCAACCCUUAAAAUUGUAAAAACACAACAAAGAAGUGAGCUCUGGUUUUAUUUUAAUUACCUUUUUGUGUCUGUAUCCAUCUGAGACUAGAAGUCUGCAGUGAUUUUGAUGGGGUCCGGUGACGAAGAGGAAAGUGAUUAAUUCUGACGGUUUCCUUGGAAAUGUCAGUAACCUGUGCCACAGUGAGCCUCUGCUUGGAUACACGUAGGGUUUGGUCAUUGGCUUUAUGUAACUUGCACCUCAGUAGAGUCUGCUGUACAUUGUACAUCUGUAACCACCAAAUCAUUAUUAAACACAAUUGUAUCUAUCGUUGUGAAAAUCUGUAACUAAUUUUGACACACACAGAAAGAAGAAUAUAGAACUGUCUUGCAAUGAGCAAUAUUGCUUUCAAAGUAUUAAAAUGCUUUAUUUUUGGCCUUUAAAUGUUUUUCUUUGUUUGUGGAGUCUGUGAUGUGUUUAGAAUCAAUGACUUGAAUGAACGAGGCCUUGUGAAAACCUCUUGGGUGGAUUGGUGGUUGAACAGAAAAGUUUAGCAUAAAUGACAAUUUGGGGGGAGAUCCCCUCUCUUUUGAAGCACUACGGUUCGUUGUCUCAACAACCAUGUUGUAUUUAAAUAACUUCUACUUAAAAAUAUCCAUAUUUAUAACAUGUUUAGCUUAACUUUAAAUCCUUUGUUCAUGCAACACAAAAAUAUGAAUUGGGCCUUCUGCAUAAAGUAAAUGGGCAUUUUUGAGUAGUGCAAAAUACAGAUAGAAUUAAGUAAACAUAACAUACAUUUCCAGAGCAAUGAACUUAAUAUUAUCAGUACAAAUGCUGUGAGGAAUACCCAUAAGCCCUUGCGCCUGAAAUGCAGGAUUAUACAUGAUUUUUUAAAUAGGCACUUUUGGGGGCGUUUAUAUAGCUGUUAAUAAGAUGCAUAGAUAUUUAAGAUGUAUUUAGUAUUCUUGAUGUUGUUUUGUUGUAAAUAAUCGUUUUCUUUAAAGUUAUAAUUUGUGAUUGGUGUUUGCUUUGUAAAGCAUAGUACUUGUUCAACCAAUCGUAUUGCUUACCUCAAUAAGGAACACACACAUCAAUGACGUAAGUUGUGUGCUUCUGUGAAGAAUCAUUAAAUGACUGCUAUCAAAUCGGUCAUCAAUUAUUUAAAUACUAUUUGUUUUAAUAAUAUACUUCACUAUGUUAUAUGAACAUUAAGGUAAAUAAAUUAAAUAUGUAA